AUGCAAAUAAAGCUGGACAAUCGCACACGACGCGAGCUCUCGGAUGUCGUACACAUGGCUAAACUAGUUAAGAAGUUUAAUUCCAAGCUGAUAGACAUGUACAGCUACACCUCGCGCAACAGCCUAGCCUUAAAGAUAGAAAACUGGGAGAUCUUUAACUUUAAAGUGCUGCGCAAAUUAGGCCUAAGAUUGUCUUCUGACGACUUGACGCAGCUUGCAUCGGGCAGUCUGACUUCUUUAAAGUGCCUGCUUUAUCAUCUGAUGAAAUCGGAUCGAAGAGAAUUAUUGCAAAAAAGAACAUUGAAGACACAAUCAUACUCGGUGGAAGGCCAGAAGCUUUCCGAUAGCUUAUCUCUGAGCGAGAAAAGUGUGAUAGAACAGCAAUCAAAAGAAGACCUCCAGCACGAGUUGACACCUAAAGAUAGCAAAGCGGACGUGCCGUAUGCUAAAUAUAAACAAUUGGUCCGGGAGAAUUACAAGAAGAAAAAAUAUCUUAGCUCAAUAGCCCACAAGACUAAGUAUCUGCAGAGCCUUAUCCUGGUAAAAGAGGAGCGCAUCAAUUAUCUUCUGGAACAGCUGGCCGCACUUUCCACAUAA